CCGCUGUAAAUGAUUGCAUGUACACGAUGUGAAGUCGUUCAGGCACGGAGCACGUCACGUGGUGCCGAACAGGAACUAGGAAGCAAAGUCAUUGUCUCCAGGAAAAACAAGUUUUUCCUUUUGACCGUUCACACCGGUGACACACCACCGAAGUACAAUGGCCAUGACCGUUAACUACACUUGUGGAUAAAACUAGAUCACUCUAGUGCUUGGGAACAACACAGUACAGACAGGCCUGAAUUUGACAAGGUACCAUGGAUAUUUUGGUCCGUAAACCCAUCUGGAUUUGCAUUUUGGCGGUAGUUUUAGCGUUCACAGUUGUGACUAGCUUGCCUUCGCCUAGGAGUGCUCACCACUAUAUGUACGAUAUUGAUAUUGACUUUGACAACCCAAGUCUGGGUUCCCACCAUCGUGAACAGCGCAGGACUGGGCGGGGAGAGUCUUUAGAUACAUGGGAUUGCGGUAACAUUACCCAGGUCCCCGACGAUGUGCGCACUGACUUUCCCCUGGACGCCUUCUACCAGAAGUACACCCACGCCUACGGUAUCCCUAUCGUGUCCUCCAAUGUCUCACUGGAUGCCUCCCUGACUCGUGCCUGCUAUACGGUACGUUUCCUAUUGGCAGACCGUAAGGAUCUACGGGACGCUAUGUACGACCAGUACGGCCGGGUGGCGGUCAUAGCACUGACGGAGCGCACAACGCAGAUACCAGAACACAGCUACCUGAAUAGCGAUGUUUGGGAUGACCGUGCACGCGGGUUGGGCGGCACGCGUCAGGUACCCGUCACAACCGACGGGGAGGAGAAUAUUCUCUGUCGGUCGUGGCGCCAGGACCGCUGGUACGAAGAGGACAUCUUAAUACACGAGUUCGCUCACGCCAUCCAUCUCAUCUCCUUGAAUAGAGUCGACGCGGCCUUCGAUUCGGCUCUGCAGACCGCCUACGACAUGGCCGUUGUGGACAAUCUGUGGCCCUCGACCUACGCUAUCAGUAGAAAGAUUGAGUACUUCGCUGAGGGUGUGCAGGGAUUCUUUAACGUCCAGGUAUGUAGGAGCUUCGUCGAUGCAGUCCACAAUCACAUCUGUACUCGGGACGCAUUGAAGGGCUACGACAGACGACUGUUCGAUCUCAUUACGGAAGUCUUCCCUUGCAUGAAUACCGUAGUGGACCGUUGCAACUCUAAUCAGGAUCUAGCUGCGAAUCAGGUACUUCGGAUGGACUGUGAACUUCCCGCCACAACGAUCACCACACCGCUGGGUACCACUACUGACGCCAUCACCACUCUGACCUCCACCACUGAGGUCCCCACAACGAUCACCACACCGCUGGGUACCACCACCGACGCCAUCACCACUCUGACCCCCACCACUGAGGUCACCACAACGAUCACCACACCGCUGGGUACCACCACCGACGCCAUCACCACUCUGACCUCCACCACUGAGGUCACCACAACGAUCACCACACCGCUGGGUACCACCACCGACGUAAUCACCACUCAAGGCAUGCAUCUUCCAGAGUUCUGCGUAGAAACUACGAUUGUUGAUGCGGCUGUAGGCAGCCUAACAUGGCCGAUGACUGGCGCUGGCUUGCAGAGUCAGUCCAUGGAGGUGUGUCCUCUCGAAACGCAAUAUGCGGGUUUGCCGAGAGCUGUGCGAAACUGCUCCAUUGUAGACGGACCUCAUGUUUACUUUGAGUGGGAAAUGGAGUAUGAAGUUCGUGACUGUGGAUCAUCUAGAGACCGGAAUGACAUCACGAUACAGGAUCUUGCACAGGUGAUGGUCAGUGUUGGCAAUGUCGUGGAAGUGAGCCAGUUUCUAGCCAAUUUGACCGCAAUUGAUCCAAAAGGCCUCCAGGACCCCAACCUAACUCUGGGCGCCGUAUCCAAAGUCUUGCAGAAUAUCGUCGCCGCGGAGUCGGGAGAAACAGAGGUAGCCGAUGCCGUGUUGCAGACAGUAAACAAUAUCAUAAUCGGCUUGUCAUCCGGACAAGUGUCGGGUAAAGCCGAUCUCAUCAGUCGCUCCUCUAUCGUCAAGUCAUUCCAGGCUCAGGUUGCUCAGACUCUACGCCGCGAGGGCAGCAUCAGUCUACGGCAGGAUUCGGUCCAGGUUGAGGCGGUCAGUGUCAACCGCUCGGAGGCGGUGAACGGGCUAGGCUUCGCAUCCGUACAACGCAGUGCAUCAGGUGACACCUCCGUACCAAGAGAGGUCUCACUCAACCAGACUAGGAUCCAGGUAUUUGUUGGCCACAGUGAGCCGUCCAAGGUUGUCGCAUCUGUCCGAUUGCCGGGUAGUGAGCUAGACCUGGCUGACGAUGGUGAUAAUUCCACCCAGCCGAAACUUCGGGCAAGUUUCAUCGUAUAUAAGGAUGAUACUCUUUUCCUGUCGGCUCUGAAACCAGGCGUCUCUGUUGGCGGUGUGGUUGUCGCAGUGACUCUGCAGGACAUGGUCUUACGGAACCUGGUCAAUCCAGUUCUCAUUCAAUAUAAGACACCUGCUGGUUUAAGCAAGAACACACUGCAAGAGACAAAGUGUGUCUUCUGGGAUUUCAGUCUGGAGCAGGGCGUUGGUGCUUGGUCAGAGAGUGGGUGUGUCCUUGCUGAAGUGACCAAUGACGUGAUAGCGUGCCAUUGCGACCACCUAACCAACUUUGCUGUUUUGGUUAAUAUUGGGACGAACGCCAGGAGAGAUUUUCAACAAGCAUUGAACGCCGUUAGUCAGAUCGGUUGUGCCCUCUGCAUCAUCUUACUGAGCAUUACUUUGAUUGCCAGCAUUUGUGUCCGUCCGCAAGAUGACAAUCGAGAAGACUCGUAUGUGGACAUGUCUCGUCCAAUACACAUGCAACUGUGCGUUUCACUGCUUGUCCUGUACGUUGUGUUUCUAGCCGGCGUUGAUGGCGCUAAGGGUUCGGAGGCUGGUUGUGUGUUUGUCGCUGCAUUACUCCACUAUUUGACUUUGGUGUCGGUGAUGUUGAUGACCGUUGACGCAUGGGACUUGUACAGUGCUACGGUUCGGGAGGGACCUGUUCAAGACAAACGUCUUCACAUUGUGAGGGAUGUGGUGUUGGCCUGGGGCUGUCCUUUGAUCAUUAUGGCAAUCACUGUGUCGGCUGCACUGAGCUACUACAGGAUAAACGAAGAUGAUACGAACAGCGUCACAACGUAUUGUUUCCUCAAGCCCGGCAUUGCCAUGUACCUCGGCCUUCUGCUACCUAUUGGCCUCUUCCUCGCCCACAAUAUAACCCUAUGUUUCUUGGUGGCGCGUAGCCUGCCGGAGGUUUGGGAGAGGUUUCACUCCAGACAGGUCUCUCAACGCCUGCAGAAUGUUGUAGGGAUCGCAGCCCUUACCAUGCUGACUUGGCUGUUCGGGAUCCUGGCAAUCACUUCUGGGGCUAUGGCUUACCACAUAAUGGUCUUGCUCACUGCCACCUCUCAGGGUGUGUUCAUCUUCAUCGCUUUCUGCAUUCGACGCAGUGAGGUGCGAGAGGGCGUCUUAGCACGACUCGGACGUCUUCCUCUCCCCGGGAGCUCCUGCCUUAAACAUAGCAACCCUAAAGAGAAAUACGAGGUGCAGCACAAGAGCGCACCGCCGGGCACCGAGCUCAAUGCGUUUCCGUCCUCUGCGGAUUAGAGACCAGAGAGAACCAUAAGAAAUGAAUCGCAUACAGGUUAUAUAGGAUUUCCUGGCCAAUUUCAUGAAAUGUUCAUUCACUUCUGAAAAUCGGUCAUUCGUUUUCGUCUGAAUUUG